AACAAAAAAGGCAAAGCAAAACAGUAAAGAAAAAUACUAAAAAGGAAGAAAGAAAUAGAAAGGACUCCUGAGGAAGCUUAUUAUACUAUUUCCCCCACAGGCAGCGAUUGUGUCGUCCUCCUCCUCCUCCUCCUCCUACCAUUCUUCAUCACUUGUCGCUAUUAGUCAACACGAUUCCUUCUCCGAUCGGUUACCUCCGGCGACGGUCUCUCACUCUGGUUUUAUCAACUACUCUUUCCUCUUUUACAGACGUGUUGGUCUAUGAUAUCUAUCUAUGGACUGCAACAUGAGAUCUCCGUUUCUGUGGGACUUGGAGCAUUUGAUCUUACCCAACCCUGUAAAUGACAAAGACCAGCUCACAACAACCACCGAGUGGGAAACUGACAAGGGUGAAGGAAUCGAAUCUAUACUUCCCUGUUUCAAUGGCCUUGAGAGGGUCAGUAGUCUCUGGGACACUCCUGUAUCGAAAAGCUCACAGUCCACCUCUACCAACUCAUCUUCACCCCAACCUAAACAACGCAUGCUUGCAUCAGAAACUUCCCAGGUGAAGGCACCACCCACAGCUCUCGAGGCAUCUCCUGAAUCUGACCUCUCUUUAAAACUAGGAAAGCGGACUUACUCUGAAGAGCUUUGGGGAGGUAGAAACAACAACAAUAAUAAUGACAUUUCAGCCGUUUCUGUGAAGCUCUUGACUCGGAAGAAAUCAAAAGCGUCGUGUGGUCAGAGCAUGCAAGUCCCUCGUUGUCAGAUUGAUGGUUGCCAACUUGAUCUUUCCUCUGCUAAGGAUUAUCAUCGUAAGCAUAGAGUCUGCGAAAACCAUUCAAAGUGCCCCAAAGUUACUGUGGGUGGCGUGGAACGUCGUUUCUGCCAACAGUGUAGCAGGUUCCAUGCUGUGUCUGAAUUUGAUGAGACGAAACGAAGCUGCCGCAAACGUCUUUCCCAUCAUAAUGCGAGGCGUCGCAAGCCGCAAGGAGUGUUUCCAUUUAAUCCAGAUAGGGUGUACGAUGGAAGACAGCAUGCAAAUAUGUUGUGGAAUGGGUUGUCGCUGAAUACAAGAUCUGAAGAAAAGUUUGCAUGGGAUAACACUUAUGAUACAAAGCCUACAAAGACAGAGAGCAGCGGCUUUACUCUGAGCUUCCAGAGAGGUAAUGGCUCUGAGCAGCAGAUGUUUGCUAGUAACAACCACUCUUUCUCUGCGUAUCAAACCUCAGCAGGGAAGCCUAAGUUUCAACUUCAUGGCCAAGGUGUGGGAGAAUACUCAGGAGUCCUCCAUGAAUCUCAAGAUUUCCACCGUGCUCUCUCUCUUCUGUCAACUUCUUCUGAUCCCAUGAUGGUCCAACCACAUACGCAGCCAUUUUCUCUACUCUUUUCAUAUGAUGGUGUACCAAAAUAGAUGUGUGAAACUUUGUUAAACAAACCAGCUUAGCUUUGUGUUAGUGGAUAUUCUCAGAACAGCUUCAGACUGUCUGCAUUUGUAUACCUGCUUUCUUAUCUGUAACUUUACUUUGUUACUAGUUUGUAACAAAGUCAAUUGUUGUCAAACACUAAACAGUGAAUAAACGGUAAGACUUUGCACUGUA